UUUUCACCCACACCCAACACACACACACACUCACACAGCAUCCGGAGAGGGCUGCGAUAAAGAGUGCUGCAGAGCAAUGUACGUUACGCGUUAAUCAUGAACCAGCGCCACACGGAUUCGGUCGCUUGUGCAGUGUGGACAAAGUGUUGAGAAGUUGCAGAGUGAUCUCGUCAAGAUGUCGAUCGCUGUACGUUGGGCAAAGCGUCGCGUGUUCGUCACGAUAACGAUCGUGCUCGUGCUGUACUACUUCCUGUCCUCGUCCUACCAAAAGUACCACAUCAGCACCAUCAUCCCCGACACCAAACCGGAAGACGUGUGGGAAUUUGUGGCCGAUUUUAGCCGGAUGAAAAGACUCAACCCAACGAUAUUAAACUUCCGCGUGCUUGCCGAUCACGGGAACUUUGAGCACUGGAAGUAUUCGGUGGAGUACGACGAACGGUUAUCACACUGGCCCCACACGUUCAACACCGCCGUCGGACACUACUCCGUCAGGAAGCUGCCAGAAUCGGAAGGUGGCCAGUAUUCGGUUGCCUCGACGCACCGGACCUGCUUCAUGAUGGGAUUGUUUUGUGUAAAAUCCAAGGGAGAGUUUAGGAUGUCACGCAUCCACCAGGACGAUACGUACUGUGAGGAAACGGUCCACUACCAGUGUCCGUUCUUCUUCGGCCGAUUCUGCCGGCGGGAGGUCGAAUUUCAGCGAACGGCCAUCAUGGAAAAUUUGAAGCAACAGUUCAGAAAGCAGAAAGUGUUUGGAAAAUGAAUCUAGCUUAAAUAAAAAAUGUUAUAGAAAAUAGGAUAGAAAAAGAACAGUACAGUAGCUUUUAUAUAAAAAGGAAGUUUUAAGGUUUAUUACUAAAACUAAACCGUGCCGUAUACAUAUCUGUAACUGCCUUAGUGCGGAGUACUUGAAUUUUGUUUCUUAAAAUUUGCUUUGUUGUGCUUUUAGAUAGGUUGUUCCUAACUAUUUGCUAGACACAAUACAAAAAGAGUCAUUAUAAAAAACAUAAACCUAACUAAAAUCGGAAUCAGAACAAUUGAUUCUGUACACAAAUACUUCAUAAAGUCACAUAC